AUGCUUAUUCCACUAAUUCAAGUUUUAUUCGCUGCAAUACGAACAGUUUCUCGGUCCGCGGUGAAUAUCAUGUUGUAUUCGAUUUUAUCACGAAUUUUUAACCAAUGGUUUGGUUUUAACACCUUGAUCACAUUUUUUUGCUCUGCUUAUUGUUUGUCGAAGAUUGUGGGUUAUUUUCAACGGAUGUGGUUGCAAGCACGUUUGAAAAACAAGAAGCCUGACGAGAAAAUCCUCAUGGAAGAUCUCUCUUGGGAAUCAGAUCGAAUGGAAUCGAAUGAGAAAUUCGAAUCAGAUUGGAAAUAUUUACUUGAUGACGAUACGAAACACGUCUUUUCUUCGAUCGUUGAUAUUCCCUUCCGAAAUGGAUGGCUGUUUUUCGGAACUAUGAUGGUCAUUGAUUAUCAGAUGAAUAAUUAUGGUUAUAGUUAUACAUACUCUCUUAUUCGGACAGUGGGCUUCUUGAUUGCUCUGAUAUCUGGUGCGGCGAUUCGUUAUCAAACAUUGCUUGAACGAGAAAAACAAAAAUUUUUUCGUCAUAUGCUGAAAAUACGUGAUGAAGUCGAACGGUACAUUGUUUAUUCGAAAGGAAGCACUCCAAUCGCUUCGAUUUGUUUGCAAGUUGUGAAUGCCGAACAAUCGACUGUGUUCAUGGUACAAUUGUGUCAACUGAAUUCGAAGUUUAACGAUUAUAUUUAUGAUAUAACUGAUUAUAUUUGUCACAGGUUAUUCGAACGUGUGAAAAGGUAUUCGAACGAAACGAGAAAGUCGAUUCGAAUGGUUUGGUCGAUUCCGACUUGUAAACAAAAUUGGGUACAUGCACUCAAAGGAAAUAAACUCGUUCUUCGAAAUACGUAUAAAGAUUAUUCGUUUAUGCCAUUAGUCAAUUCGUAUGUUGAACAAUAUGAAUAUUCUUAUCAAUAUGAAGAUUUAUCUGUUGAACCUGCUGUUGUUGAAGAAAAGGAAAAUGAUGAUCAUGAUGAUUCAGAGGAAAAUGAAUAG